UGAUCAGCGUGAUCUGCAUCUGCAGGGCAUGUGUAUGGGAAUGUUGAAAAUCAACGGGACAUUUUCAAGAACAACCGCUAGGUGGCCUUGCGAACGUUUUUUUCCAGCUUCUGGCCCCAUCAGCUCAGUCAGGUUCGGAGCCCGGGCGGGUUCUGAUUUCGAAGUUUCGGACCUCCGCCUCGCGCCGUGUUCGCGCUCGCAACGAUCGCGACGACGGUGCGGCGGUGGAAACGUGGGUGGAAGUGUGGAUCGAAGGAGGCGCCGCAGCGCAGGUGACUCCGCGCAUAAGUACAUCAUAAAGACUAAAGGCCGACAAGGCUGCGCCUCAGGCCUCAGCUCAGCAUCUGUCUGGCCUGGAAAAGAGCUAAAAUAAGCCCUGGCGCGGAAUAACAUAAUCACGUCGCAGUUUACACCUCUAUUAUAAGCUUUUUUCGUCCCGUUUCUCGAGCACCCAUACUACAACGACUUAACGCCCCUACGAGAACCAAACGAUAUUUGCCAACAUGUUCAGCUGCUGUUGGUGCUGUUCGGCACUACGACCAAGGUACAAACGAUUAGUGGACAAUAUUUUUCCUGUCAAUCCUCAGGAUGGGUUAAUCAAAAAUAAUAUGGAGAAACUGAUGUUUUACUCAUUGAGUAGUCCAGAAAAGUUGGAUCGAAUAGGCGAAUAUUUGUUUCAAAGAGCUUCUAGAGAUAUUUCUAGACGCAGAAAUGGGUUUGUUGUUAUCGCCAUGGAAGCUAUGGAUCAAUUAUUAGCUGCCUGCCAUGCACAAACUUUAAAUCUGUUCGUAGAAAGUUUUUUAAAAAUGGUUCAGAAGUUAUUAGAAUCAACAGAUCCACAGUUGCAAAUUCUGGCGACCCAAUCGUUUGUUAGGUUUGCCAACAUCGAGGAAGACACGCCAUCUUAUCACACACGUUACGAUUUCUUUGUAUCAAAAUACUCUUCGAUGUGUCACUCCAACAAUGAUGAUUCCACAGUUCGAAAACAGAUUCGGCUUGCAGGGAUUCAAGGACUGCAGGGUGUUGUGAGGAAAACUGUCUCCGAUGAUUUAGUAGAAAACAUUUGGAAUAUGGUACACAUGGAUAAAAUUGUACCUUCCCUUUUGUACAAUAUGCAAAAUGCAAGAUAUUCCAAUAAGGAAAAUGCGACUCCAGAGAGUCCCACUGAAGAAAGGUCAGAUCCUCCACAAUUUGCAGAAACUUGUAUGAGAGAAUUGGUGGGGCGGGCAUCAUUUGGUCACAUUCGUUGUGUUAUAAAGCCUGUUCUCAAGCAUUUGGAUAACCAUCAGUUAUGGGUUCCAAAUUAUUUUGCUAUCCAUACAUUUAGAAUAAUUAUGUUUUCCAUUCAAUCUCAGUAUUCAUACACUGUUGUUGAAGCUUUAAUGACUCAUUUAGAUGAACACUCGCAAUCUUCUCCAAAAAUUCGUACAAGUAUAGCAGAUACAUUAUCAAAGAUUAUUUCUAUUGCUGCUGGUGAAAGUGUCGGGCCUUCUGUAUUGGAAAUCAUUAGUUCCUUAUUGACCCACCUUCGAGUCAGUGUAUCCAGAAAUCAGUCAUCUACUAAUGAUGAGCAAUUAUAUCAAGAAGCACUUAUCAAUGCACUUGGUGAAUUUGCUAAUCAUCUUCCUGAUUAUCAAAAGAUUGAAAUAAUGAAAUUCAUUAUGAGCAAAGUGCCAUAUGGAGAGCCUGAUUCUAUUACGUCAGCUGGAAAAGGAGAUGUUUUACUUCAAAGUAUAUUACUGAAAUCACUACUAAAGGUUGGAACAAAAUAUCAAACUAUACAUCUUAACACAACAUUCCCACCAAGCUUUCUUCAACCUUUGUUGAGGAUGUCUUUAGCAUCUGAUUUUGAGAUGAGGCUUCUAGUCCAAAAAAUUUUCCACACUUUGAUUGAUAGGCACAAAAAUAUCACUAAACUGGCUAAACCGACAGUAAAUAUUAUUGAAUUGGAUCUUGCCAUUGAAAAAGCAUCUAGGCCAGAUGUAAUAUUUAUCAGAAAACAUGGUCCAGAAAUUUAUAUGGCUCUGUAUGAAUCGUUAGAACUUACAAAUAAUAGAGUUGAAAAUGUUGAAGCUAUUUAUACAACCUUAGCUCUUUUGACCGUUGAAUUGGCUUCAGAAGAAACAGUAUUGGAACUAUUACGUCUUGUUAUGAGUCUCCAAGAUCUGGCUCUAACAAGUAUUCAAAUGAACAUAGCAAUCAAAUUUAAUUUACAUUCUACAGUUAUCAGUUUAUUGGUUUUGAUUGCAAACGUUUGCAACAUAUCUACUCUUAUUGAUUAUGCAAAUAAGAUUGUGGAAUCUCGUUCUAAAGAAGCUACUCAUUUAUUACCUGACCUACGUUCUCAAUACGAUCCACAUUUGCCAUCUCGAAUACCAACUGCACUUAUAGUAGAUCAAACUAUUGUAACAGAGUGUCUUAAAGGAGUUGGUUUAGAAACAGGAAAAUUGCAGCAGGGAUCAGGUUAUAGUAGCAGUGCUUUACAGCACAGGCAUUCAUGGGUUGACAGUGCUGGACGAAGUUCUUUGGGUGACAUCAAUGGUGGAACUACUGAGCUAGAUAGUGCAGGAUCAUCUCCUGGUGUACAAAGGAAACUGCCCGGAGAGGAAUUAACGUUUGAUAGUAUGAAGCGUAUUUUAACAGAAACAAAUAAUACCCAAAUAUUAGAAGAAGAAAAACGAGCACAACUUUCUCAACUAUUCAGAAAUGCUCCGUUCCAUGAUCUUAUUAAAAAAACACAACCAAAACAUGAUGUUUUACAGAGCAAAUUAUCAGAAAUUUUCAAUGCUUUAAUGAUUGAACCUCGCAGUCAAUCAAUACCAGGUGGAACUCCAUCAGAUGCCAAACCAAGUCAAACACCGGCUUAUGAAAUACACUUCCCAGAAUUGUUUGUUUACUAAUUCACAUAACUUUUUUGAGUCAGUAAUAAUUAAAGCAUUAAUUUAUGCACUUUUUAAUAAUGAUAACAGUAAUGAUAAUAAUGCUUAUAAAAAUUAUUUAAUUUGUGCAUUACUAAUAUAUUUUGGAAGUAGUUAAAAGCUAGACUGUAAAUACAUUCGUUACAAAUGCAUAUUAUUUUAUUUUAAGACGAUUAUUUAUUUAAAAAACAAUGUGAUGUUUUUGAACAUAAAUGUGUUAUAUAUGUAAUAUAUUAUAAUGAAGUUUUAUGUUAAAAAUUGAA